AUGACCACCAAGCUUGCAAGGGCACCCGCGUAUAUAAGUCGAACUUGCGGAGCUUUACUCACGCCUCGACUCCAAUCAAUUCGUUCUUCAACGAGGGCACCAUUAUUGCAAGCUCAUUUCACGACGGCGCUUUACCUUCACCAAACCCAAUACACAACCCCGAAAAUGGCGGCCAGCGACAAGUACUCCCUCCCCAGCUUCACCGCACUGGUGGUGGAUGCCAUGCGCAAGCACUACCCCGAGGAGCUCGCCGAUAGGAGAUGGGACAACGUGGGGCUUCUCCUUGGUAACAUCGAGACCCCCGAGACCCGUAAGCCCAAGAACCCAGUCGUUCUCCUCACCAACGACCUCACCUACGCCGUCGCCGAGGAGGCCGUCCAGAAGAGCGCCAGCGUUAUCGUGAGCUACCACCCUUUCAUCUUCUCCGGGCUCAAGUCCAUCACAACAAAGGACCCACAACAAGCGACGCUCCUUCUCCUCGCCGCUAACGGCAUCGCGGUCUACUGCCCCCAUACCGCCGUCGACGCCGCCCCCAACGGCCUCAACACCUGGCUCGGCGACAUCGUCUCCGGCGGCCCUUCGACCUCACCCUCAACCCCGUCUCCGUCGACCCGCACCGUCAUCAACCCGCUCUCCUCCGCGGCCCCCGCGGGCUUCGAGGGCUCGGGUUACGGACUCCUCUGCACCUUUCGCCAGCCGGAAUCUCUCGCAGAAAUCAUCCGCCGCGUCGCCUCGCGCGUUGGCAUGCGCCGCGUGAUGGUCGCCUCCCCGGACCCGGCCCGCCUCUCGACGGCGCGCGUCGACGCCGUGGCGGUGUGUGCGGGUAGCGGGUGGGACGUCGUGAAGGGCGCUGCGGCCGACGUGAUCGUGACGGGCGAGAUGACGCACCACAACGCGCUCAAGGCUGUGCAGGAAGGCAAGACGGUCGUCACAGUGUUCCACAGCAACUCGGAGAGGGGCUACCUGACGGAGGUGAUGAAGCCGCUGCUGGAGGGCGAGCUGAAGGGCAAGGAGGUCGACGUUCAGGUACUGGUCAGCGAGACCGAUCGGGAUCCGUUCGACAUUGUGGAUGUCUCUGAGCUGUAA